GAUGCGCCUCAUUCCUGCAUGUUGUUUCUUCAGUGACUGCAACAGGAAAACUCCAUCAGUCUCUCGAAAGCAGUUCGGAGUAGGUAUUUAGACCUUGAGGUGUAAUUUCUUUUGAACCAAGCCGUUGAAAGAAAGAUGAAUAACUUUUGGAAAGCAGCGAUCAUCCUGGGUGCCUUCCUCGCCACAGCACAAUGCCUGACCUGCCGUCAGUGCCCUGUUGCCAUAUUUGGGACGUGUCUGUUCGGAAGCGACGUCCAAUGUAAUAAUGCAACUAAGAGCUGCUACCGCGGAGAAGCACAGUUCAAUGCGACAGGUACGCUGAAACUGCAAAUCCGCGGCUGCCUGGACACAGACCUGUGUGAGAAGACGCUGACCGGCAGCUUCCUGGGUGCCGGCUACACCAGCAAGUUCAACUGUUGCUCAGGAAACCUGUGCAACGGGGUCCCGUCGGUCCAGCUCUCUCUGACCGUGGCCCUCGGGGCUGCCAUCCUGUCUUUUCUCAUAUAAUGAAGAGAUGAAGAGAACAUCCUAAAAAACCAGCAUCAAUUCAAUAAAUCAUGAAUCGUU